AUGACCCCAGCCGGCUGCGAAAAACCCUCAGAGUCUGAGACACCCCUCUCCCGUGAGUGUCUAAUGACGAUGAGUUUGCUCGCGCUCGCCGGCCUCACCAUCGCGUUCUCGUUUUUCUGCGUUUUUCGAUCUGCCUGUAAAAGAACGAGUUCCCGGGAUGAGGAACGAUUCCGUCGAUCCGGUGACUUUCUACUGUCGAACGAAACUGUCGUCGAGAUACACGAACCAGCGGAAAAUGAGAUCCAACCGACCGCCCCGAUGGAUUUUUCUGUCGAUAAGCCGCCAAGCUAUGAUGACGCUAUGGCCAAGGCCUAG